CUGCGCAAACUACAGCAUAACUGCAUGCAUAUUCUCCGAUCAGUUGUUAUGAAUAAAUGUGGAAGGAGAGAUGAGGCCCUGCUGAUCUUUUCGACUCCACCACGUCUGCAGUAACAUCAAUGAUGCUCUUCUGGAGGCUCUGAAGUCUGUGCGCGCUGCAGCGGAUCAGUAUUGGAGUCGCCAGCAGUGCGCCUCAGCUGGACACAGGACACACGAUCUGGAGGACUGGUUUCAGCGUUUUCUUGAAUUUUGAUGCCUGUUUUUUGUGUAUUUUUAUCCCUGGGAUUUCUUCUUUUGAAGUGCAUUUGGAGCUGCUUCUAUUGCAUGUUUUUAUUACAGGGAAAGCGUGCGUAUCGUGCAGAUAUGCUUUCGCUCCGUGGAAGUUUAGCCCUGCGACCGCUCUCCUAAACUCUUCUCUUUGCAUCUUUUUAAAACACUAUAACUAAAAACUGCAGCAGGUUUUAAAAACGCCAGUGGAAAAAUGGCCAGCGAGCGGAAACCACGGCUUUGUGUCAUGGCAAAAUCGGAGAACGGGUAUGGAUUUCACUUGCAUGGCGAGAAAGGGAAGAGCGGACAGUACAUCCGCAAAGUGGAGCCUGGCUCCCCCGCAGAAGCGACGGGGCUGCGCGCCGGAGACCGGGUGGUGGCGGUGAAUGGGGUGAACGUGGAGAAAGAGACACACCACCAGGUGGUACAGCGGAUCAAAGCGGUGGAAAACGAGACCAGGUUGCUGGUGGUGGACCAAGAGACACAUGAAAGUCUGCGCAGCCUACGCCUCACACCUACAGAAGAGAUGGCUGUCGUCAGGGUUUCACCUCCGUCCUCAUCCUCGUCUCCCCCAGCCUCCGCCUCACCACCCCCGUCCUCGGUCCCAUCUUCCCCCAGCAAGAAGCGGGAGAACGGCUCGGUGUCCAAGCAGCCAGUCACCCCAAGCAGCCAGGUGCAGAAGCCCACCAGGAGGUCGCCUUCGAAGGCUGCAAAGAAGGAGGCUGUUGCUCAGGCUGAAGCCCAGGUCCAGUCACGGCCCCAGGUGGACCCGUCAGAGCUCGUUCCACGCCUGUGCCACCUGAUCCGGUCUGACGCUGGCUACGGCUUUAACCUCCACAGUGAUCGAUCCAGGCCCGGACAAUACAUCCGCUCCCUGGACCCCGGAUCACCUGCAGAUCACGCCGGGCUCCGGACACAAGACAGGCUGAUUGAGGUAAACGGGUUGAACAUCGAGGGCAUGCGGCAUGCAGAGGUGGUUGCCUUUAUUAAGAAAGGGGGAGAUGAGACCUGGCUGCUGGUGGUUGACCAAGAGACAGACGAACACUUCAAGAGGAGCGGGGUCGUCCCUACAAUCAGCCAUCUCAGAGACUACGACGGUCCCUCCAUAUCCAACGGCUCCCCAAACCCUCAGUUCAACGGCAGCUCCACCACGCAGUCCUUCAGGUCCACACGCUCUGACCUCAGCAGCCAGGGCAACAGCACACAGCUGGCAGAUGAUGAAGGCAACCGGCUGAUGGACCCGUUCGCCGAGAUGGGUCUGAGCGCUACAGCAGCAGAGGAAAAGAUGAAGGUCCAUAACAAAGAAAAGAAAAAGGCUCCACAAAUGGACUGGAUGAAGAAAUAUGAGCUGUUCAGCAACUUCUGAGACUCUCCCCUCCAAUGACAGAUGUUUGAGCGCUCUGCAUGGAUGAAGCAUACCAAGAUACAACAGAAGGCGUUGUGUUCCUGGAAUAAAAUGUGACAAAAGGAUAAAGUUGUACUAUGGGUUUGACUUUUUAAGCCACUUCAGAGACUCUUUAACAGCUUAUUUUUCUCCUUUUUAAAGCACAACAUGAAGGAAGUGCUAACUGACUGAAGGAACUAUGAAGGAAAAGUAUCUUUUAAAGUCAGGUUUUUACAAAUGUACGUCCAUCCCCAUCACUUUAAUCCUCCUUUCUCCCCACUGCUAGAGACUUGUUUCAAAACAAAUGAGGGAGACAGUUAUUUUUAUAAUUAAAAAGUAUAAACCAACUAUACAAUUUAAAAAACAUUAUUCCAUCUUCAUGCAUUUUAGAAGAGCUUUAUGGACACUGUGACAAAAAUGAUUGUGGACAUUGUGGGAGCUUUGGCCCAUCAGUCAGAGGAGGCCCAAGACGGGCAGAAGAUCACUGUGAAAGAGUUCAGAGCCUCCACCUUCAGCCCACUCAGAUCUAUUUUAUUAUUACAGAUAAAGAAAAGGAUGGCUGUGUGUUCUGGUUGCUACAUUUCCUACAUGUAUUUUUACAGAGUGUAUUAACUGGUCAUCAGAUCAGCCCUACUUUUGGUCACAAAAAACAUCCAUUAUCCUGAGUUAUUUAGCACUCAUUCUUAAUAAUGUAUUUCCACUGACCUCUUUUCCCAAAGUGCACAACAAAAGGAACCACCACUAACAGAAAAUGUAUUGAUAAAUGUAAGCAUGAAAGCUGGAAAGCAGGAGCGGAAGGUUUUCUGGGCAAAUAGCACAGACUUAUCAUUUGAGGAGGCCUGAUGUGUACAGCAGGGGGCAAACUUUCUCCACAAAUAAGAGGUCUAAUUUGACCCCCUAAAUAAAAUAAAGAUAGUUAUGCAGGCUGGUUUAGGGGGAUUCUCGCGGACUAUUACUUAGUUAAGAGAAAUAACCUCUUUGAGUGUCCACUAGUUGUCAUGACCAAGGCACAAAUUGUUUUAAAAAAUAUAGAUUUAGAUGUGGCAGGCUAGCUGUUUCCCCCAUUUCUGUUUUUGUUCGCCAACAUAAGCUAACCUGCUGUUUGCCGUAGCUUCAUAUUACUACAGGUAACACUUUCCAACCCAAAAAUGCUGUAUUAUUCCUUUAAUCAAAUAAGGACCAAGACCAGGACCAGGAAUGAGCCUGCAUAAUAUAUCAUGUUGGAGGUAUAGGAUUAGCGGAGUGAGAGCAGGUUGUGGGGCAGAGGAGGUGUAGCAAAGGCUGCACAGUGAGGCAGGAGCCAUGGAGCUUACUGAGGAUUAUUACACACAGGAACCCAGCCGUCAUACUGGAGCACAAUAUGUACGUGUGUGUGUGUAGAUAAAGUAUACAUGCCGCAAUCCAACCAAUGUAGAAACAAUGCAUUGCAACAACGGAAAGUGCAAAUUGGAGUCUUCGUUUUUUGUACCUGUUCACACCUUUACAGAGUCCUAAUUCAUCUUUGUACAUCAUUUUGUGUGUGCAUUAGCGUUUCACUAUGUAUGUUCCGACAGUCACAGCAAAGACAACUCUAUGUUACCAUGGCUGAUGUAUAUAUAAGCAUACAGUAUGGCAGGUGGCAUUUUUUCAAUAAAGUGUGACAAUGGUGUUUUUGAGUAUAUUAAACUGUUGUCAUUAUCUCAUGC